CCAGUUGAAUGGAAAGCUGCUCAUGCAGGCAAGUUCAGCAUGUUUGGGCAACCUCUGUUAUUAUAGAAAUGGUGCAUGUACAGAACCUAGCAGUUGAAAGCAGCAAGACUCUGCAAUCCUGGAAACUGAGAUGGUCUAUUAUUUGAGAAGUUUGUUAAAUCUUAUGGGUGCAAAGAAGGUUGCACAGUUAUACAGCAAUGAAACAAACAGAGGAUUUUUGUCUUUUGAAAACUUCAAGAGACUUUUCAAUUCCAUUUCUCCUAAAUUGUCUGAAAAAAUCAUAUUUGAAGCCACCAGAGAAGUCGAUCGGGAUUCUGAUGGUUGCAUCAGCUUCAAAGAGUUUGAAUCUGCAAUGAAGUACGGACAAGAAGAAGUAUCACUAGUAUACUUUGCCUAAGGAAUAUUUUCUGGUAAAAAGACAAAGUGAAAACUUCAGAUCUCAAGAUAUUUAAAAAUCAAUGAAACUUCAUUUGUUUCAGCCAGCAUUUUAAGAACUUUGACUGUAAGUGUAGCUCUGAAGAACGGCCUUUGAAGAUUUACUGUUGACAAGUUGGGUGUAUUAAUUUACAUGUGCAUAUGUGUGUAGAAUGCUUAAAAUAUUUGAAAUCUCAAUUGAUUCAUGAUCACCGUACUUAGAAACUCUAACUCUGUACUUUUUCUUUUUGACUUAACAGACAAAAAAGGAGCAAUUGUAAU